AUGCAGUCCUCGCUCCUCGCCGCCGCCGCCCUCCUCUCCCUCCUCAGCCUCGGCCUCGCCGCCGAAUGCCACCCCAAGGUCGAGCCCAUCCCGAGCUUCUCCAUCGCCGACGGGCGGAACCUGCAAAACGACAUCCACGGCAACCAGUUCACGCCCCCGCUCGAUUUCCCCUUCAAGAUCGAUCCCGCGCAUACGGCUUCGUUCAGCGUGGGCAGCGCGAUUGCGUGCCUGGAGAACGCGUACUCGUUUGAGAGCACCAAGAUUGGGCAGACGGAUCUGGCGAAUGCGAUUCAGAAUAUCAUGGAUGAGUGCGACAAUGGCGAUGGGACUUCCAAGGGGGGCAAGGUCGAGAUUAUUGGCGACAGUGGACUUCCACUCGAGAUUCUGAUGCAGGAUCGCUCACUUGGCUGCGACUACUGA